AUGACAGAAACAGAAUUAUCGACAUCAAUAAAAAAGACAACAGCAUUCCACAAUAACGAAAAUGGGCGACGGUAUCUUGAAAAUUUUAUUGUUGUAUGGCUCGAUUCUGACACGAUCAGUUUGAAAACAGUAUCACAAUUACGUGAGAUUGUUAACUCUGUACAAACAUUCGACAAUGCAGAUGAAUGUGUGAAUUAUUUAACAGACAUUCGACAGGAAAAAGUAUUCUUUAUUAUUUCAGAGGAGUUAGGUGAAGAACUCGUGCCACUAUUUAAUCAAUUACCUCAAGUAAAAUAUAUUUAUGUUCUUCGUUCGAAGAACGAAUUAUCUGACCAAAGGACACAACAAUAUUAUAAAGUUUGUGGUCUUUAUGAAACCAUUUCACUUAUUUGUGCACAAAUGAAACAUGACGCAUGUCUAUGUUCAAAUGAUCUUAUUGCAAUGAGUGUUAUUGCGCCAUCAUUUACAACAGAACAAGAAAAUAAUAAACAAGAAGCAACAUUUAUGUAUUCACAAUUGCUGAAUGAAAUUUUGCUUGAAAUUGAAACAACAGAGCUGGAACUUGAUGAUUUAAAAAUGAAAUUGCUUGAGCUUUUUCGUGAACAAUACGAUGGUAGUAAUGCUGAUUUAUUGAUAAUAGAUGAAUUUCAACGUGAUUACACAUCUGAUAAAGCUAUAUGGUGGUAUACUCGUGAAUGUUUUCUUUAUAGAAUAUUAAACAAGGCCCUUCGUAUACAAGAUACUGAAAUUUUGUAUAAACUACGAUUUUUUAUCAAAGAUGUUCAUCUUCAAAUAAAAAAAUUAUAUUCACAAUCGACUUUUGAUACACAAUUAAUUACUGUCUAUCGUGGCCAAGGAAUGUCUAAUGAUGAGUUUGAAAACCUACGACAAAAUGUUGGUGGUCUUUUAUCGAUCCACAGUUUCUGGUCAACUUCAUUAGAUCCACAAGUUCCGUCCCUUCUUGUUCCAUCAAACGAUCCAGAUAUGCAAGGAGUUUUAUUUAAAAUUAUAAUUGACUUAAAUUUACACGAUGCUACAUAUUUUGCCAAUAUAGCAUUGCAUAGUCAUUUUCAAAUAGAAAAUGAAAUUUUAUUUUCAAUGGGUUCAGUGUUUAGAAUUCUUUCUGUUAGUAAAAAUACUGAUAAUACAUGGGUAGUUUGUAUUAAACUGAGUGGAGAUGAAGAUGUUCAAUUAAAAACAUUACGCGAACAUAUGAAGAAACAAAUUGGAGGCACAAAAAUGGGUGAAUAUAACUUAGCUAAAUUGUUAAGAUUAAUGGGUAAAUAUGAUGAACAAGAACGAUUUUUUGAAAUUAUGCUAAGUGAUUUAUCAUUAUUUGAUGAUAUGCCUCAUGUUCUUGCAAUUAUUUAUAAUGAUCUUGCUGGUAUUUAUAAACAUAGACGAGAUUUUAAGAAUGCAUUAAAUUAUUAUUACAAAUCACUUGAAAUUGAUGAAAAACAUUUACCACCAACUGAUCAAACUUUUGCUAACCUCUAUAAUAAUAUUGGAAGUGUACAUUCAAACCAAGGCAAUCUUGAUCAAGCGUUAGUUUUUCUCGAAAAAUCACUUAAAAUUGCUUUAGAAAGAUCAGCACAGGAUCAACAGCAAAUUGCCAGUACAUAUAAUAAUAUUGCUGAAGUAUACCGAAAAAAAGAUGAUCAUGAAAAUUCACUGAAAUAUCAUCAACUGGCAUUGAACACAGCAAUGAAAAGUCUUCCAUCCAAUCAUCCAUCAUUUUCAAUAACGUAUUCCAAUAUGGGUGGUAGCUACUAUGAACAAAAAGAUUAUGAAGAAGCAUUAAAUUAUUUCAAUAAAGCACUUAAUAUUAAAAACCAAUGUCUUCCAGCUAAUCAUCAUUCGUAUUCAAUUACGUAUGGUAAUAUUGCAUUGACAUUGCAUAAACUUGGUAGAAAUGAAGAGGCAUUUAAUAAUAUGGUCAAAGCCAUUGAAAUUGCAUCAAAAACAUUAUCACCAGAACACCCUCAUCUCAAAGAACUUCAAGAUGAUUUUGAAAUGAUUUGUGAAGAUUUAUGA